GGCGCGAGCUGGAGCGCGAGCAGGGCCGGAGCCGGCCUGGUAGCCCGCCUAGCCAAGAGCAGCUAGCGGAGCGCCUGGGCGGCGGUGGCGGCUGCCGUGCGAUGGCUCCCGCCGCGGACCGGAAGGGCUACUGGGGCCCCACGACCUCCACGCUGGACUGGUGCGAGGAGAACUACGCCGUGACUUGGUACAUCGCCGAGUUCUGGAAUACAGUGAGUAACCUGAUUAUGAUCAUACCUCCAAUUUUUGGUGCAAUUCAAAGUAUUAGAGAUGGUCUGGAGAAACGGUACAUUGCUUCUUAUUUAGCACUCACAGUGGUAGGAAUGGGAUCCUGGUGCUUCCACAUGACUCUGAAAUAUGAAAUGCAGCUGCUGGAUGAACUCCCAAUGAUUUACAGCUGUUGCAUAUUUGUGUACUGCAUGUUUGAAUGUUUCAAGGCCAAGAACUCAGUAAACUACCACCUGCUUUUUACAUUAAUUCUAUUCAGUUUAAUAGUAACCACAGUUUACCUUAAGGUAAAAGAGCCUGUAUUCCAUCAGGUCAUGUAUGGAGUGUUGGUCUUCACAUUAGUAGUUCGAUCUAUUUAUAUUGUUACGUGGGUUUAUCCAUGGCUUAGAGGACUGGGUUAUACAUCCUUGGGUAUAUUUUUAUUAGGAUUUUUAUUUUGGAAUAUAGAUAACAUCUUUUGUGAGUCACUGAGUUUAUAUACAAGAACACUUUAUCUGAGAUACAGGCCAAAAGUGAAGUUUCUCUUCGGAAUCUGGCCAGUGAUCCUGUUUGAGCCUCUCAGGAAGCACUGAUGAAUUAUUCCACCAGGAAAACAAAACAACACCUGCCAAAGGCCUGGCAGAAUAAAUAAAGAAAUCCGUAAAGAUCUACACGUUUAAAUACAUCAUAACCAUUGCAGCAGAGGAGGGACUUUCUUACUAAUGCUGCCAGCCACACAGAAAAUGAGGAAUGGGAGCUGCUGCGUGUUUAGCUCAUGGCUUUAUCUCAUUUGUCCUCCUCCUCCUCCUUUUACCCUAAAAUGUUUAUAAAGAAACAGAUAUGUAUAUGUAUAUACGCAAAUGCCGAAAAAAUUGGGCUUUUCUUUACAGGUUAACAGUUUGUGCUGGUUGUAGGAAAUUAACCUUUUUAUGACAAGAGUUGCACGUGAAUUAUACCUUUCUUAAUAUUUGAUUAAAUAAUGAAAUUGGUCAGCUAAGGACUGGCAAAACCUUAUAUCCAAAUGGUCAGCCAUGAAGGAACACUCAGCUGUGUCAGCUUUGAUUUAUAUUGUUUUCUCAUUAACCUCAUGGAUGAUUUUCCAAGGUAAAAACAGAGCUAGCUUUGGGAUUCUGUGUCAUCCUUCACUGUCUGUCCCAAUGCUAGUCGGAGUGACCUGCCACUGGGUCCUACACUUGUCAUAUCCUAGGAUUUAUGGUGGGCUCUGGGGCAUCCAUUUUUGGUAUGGCCACAGCCAGGCAGAGUGGAUGGGUCAUCUUGUAACCUUCUGCAGGUCCACAAGGACACCUACAGAAUGUUUCCUUUGAUCUUUGCCAGUCUUUAAGUUGUCACUUUUUUUAUGGCUAGGCAAACAUAACCGGUGAUCUAACCUUCCCGUAUCCCACCCUUCUAACAUAACUUGUUUGAAGUUAUCAGAGAAUGUCAUUACACUCUGAUUUUUUUUAACCA